AUGAAAGCAUUUUUAGCCUCGCUAGUAGAGAGCUCUUUCUACUCCAUCCAAAAGCUUUCCUCCACUCACUGUUGCGCCAUCAAACGUGCUUACAUCUCAGAUGUCUACGUAUCAAACCGAAUUUUGGAUUUUUACGUGAAAUCUGGCUUCUUGGGUCAUGCCCACAAGGUGUUCGACGAAAUGCCUCACAGAGACUCCGUGUCCUGGAACACGAUGAUCUCUGGAUACACUAGCUGUGAGAAACUGGAAAACGCAUGGUGUUUGUUCACAGGUAUGCAAAAAUCUGGAUCUAACGUUGACGGGUAUAGUUUCAGUAGACUACUAAAAGGGAUUGCUUCAGCGAAAAGGCUCGAUCUUGGGCAUCAAUUGCAUUCUCUAGUUGUAAAAGGAGGCUACGAAGGGAAUGUCUACGUCGGAAGUGCGAUUGUUGACAUGUACGCGAAAUGCGAAAGAGUCGAAGAUGCUUUCGAGGCGUUUCAGGAGAUUUCAGAGCCUAACUCUGUUUCGUGGAAUGCUUUGAUUGCUGGAUUCGUGCAGGUGAGAGAUAUCGAGACGGCGUUUUGGCUGUUUGGCUCUAUGGAGAUGAAUGCUGCUGCGAGAGCGGACGAUGGAACUUUCGCUCCGCUUCUUACUUUGCUUGAUGAUCCGAUGUUUUAUGAUCUGUCGAAGCAAGUUCAUGCUAAGGUUUUGAAGCUAGGGCUUGAUCAAGAGAUUACUAUCUGCAAUGCGAUGGUCAGCUCUUACGCAGAUUGUGGCUCGGUGUCAGAUGCGAAGCGAGUCUUCGAUGGCUUGGAUGCGAAGAAAGACUUGAUUACUUGGAACGCGAUGAUCGCAGGUUUCUCUAAACAUGAGCUAAAGGAAUCUGCUUUCGAGCUGUUUAUUGAAAUGCAGAGGAGUUUGAUCGAAACCGACGUUUAUACUUACACCAGCGUCUUGAGCUCUUGCUCCUCUGGCGAAAAAGAUCAAAUCUUUGGAAAGUCUUUGCAUUGUUUGGUGGUAAAGAAGGGACUGGAGCAAGUUACUUCAGUUUCCAACGCGUUGGUGUCUAUGUAUAUUCAGUUUCCUUCAGGCGCUGCGAUGAGAGAUGCUCUGGCUCUGUUUGAAUCCUUGGAAUGUAAAGAUCUUGUCUCUUGGAAUUCGAUAUUGACAGGGUUGUCUCAAACUGGUCUCAGUGAGGACGCGGUGAAGUUCUUUAGCUGCUUGAGAUCUUUGAAUGUAGAAGUCGAUGAUUACGCCUUCUCUGCAGUUCUCAGAUCAUGCUCUGACCUAGCAACACUCGAGUUAGGUCAGCAGAUUCAUGGUCUUGCAAUCAAGUCAAGCUUCGAAUUGAAUGAGUUUGUGACCAGUUCUCUGAUCUUGAUGUACUCUAAAUGUGGAGUGAUCGAGCAUGCGCGGAAAUGCUUUGAGCAGGUUUCUUCCAAACGCAGUACAGUAGCUUGGAACACGAUGAUCCUCGGAUACGCUCAACACGGUUUAGGGGAAGUCUCACUUGAUCUCUUCUCUCAAAUGUGUGACCAAAACGUGAAGCUAGACCAUGUAACCUUCACAGCAGCUCUAACAGCUUGUAGCCACACCGGUUUGGUACAAGAGGGGCUCGACUUGCUUAACUCGAUGGAACCGGUUUACAAAAUCCAGCCUCGGAUGGAGCAUUACGCAGCUGCGGUUGAUCUCUUAGGCAGAGCAGGGCUUGUGAACAAAGCGAAGGACUUGAUCGAGUCAAUGCCGUUGAAACCUGAUUCAAUGGUGUUGAAGACGUUCCUUGGAGCUUGCAGGGCUUGUGGAGAGAUGGAAAUGGCUGCUCAAGUGGCUAACCAUUUGCUAGAGAUGGAACCUGAAGAUCAUUUUACGUAUGUAUUGUUGUCUCAUAUGUAUAGUGAUUUAAAGAAAUGGGAAGAGAAAGCGAGUGUGAAGAAGAUGAUGAAGGAGAGAGGUGUGAAGAAAGUUCCAGGUUGGAGUUGGAUUGAAGUUAGGAAUAAAGUUUAUGCCUUUAAUGCUGAAGAUAGAUCGCAUCCUCUUUGUCGAGAGAUUUAUUUGAUGAUUGAAGAUUUGACUCUGGAAAUGCAAUGGCUUGACGAUCAAGAUUCAUCUAAUUAUGGAGUGUAA